AUGGCGACCAAAUCACUCUACCUCGUUGCGCUUGCCGUGAUAGGACCGUAUCUCUACGACCGCGGUGUAACGUUCUCAGGCAUGCUGGCGAACCGGCCGGGGAAAUUCGAGAACCUUAAUCUGUUCAAAGAGCACCAAGUAAAGUUUGCCCAGCGGAUGCGAAAUUGCGAAGAUGUCUUGAUCGAGGAAGGUAUGGGUGUUGCUUUGGUGAGCUGCAACCCAGGAAGAGACCAAUGGAAUACCGUCAUGGGCACAUUUGCGCCGCCUCGCCCAAGGACAAACGACCAAGACGACGCACACAUCUGGCUAUACGACUACUCGACGCCCAACCUUCCCGAUUCCGCCGCCCUCAAACCCCUCACCCUCGUCGACUACCCCAACCCCACCGACUUCCAGCCCUUAGGCAUCGAACUCGACGCCCAAACCUCGACCCUCUACGUAAUCAACCACUCGCGGCACUCAGGCAACACCCUCGACGUCUUCCAAAUCUCACCUCAGAAUGCCUCUGCACAAUACAUCAAGACGCUCACGCACCCCCUGCUGCACACCCCAAACUCGAUCCACAGCCUCGGGGCCGGCAAGCUGCUCAUGACAAACGACCACUACAUCGGCGCACUGACAUCCCCUCUGCUCUCCAAAAUCGAGACUUUUUCCAGUCUCCCUGGCGGCAGUGUCGUCUACGUCGACACGCACGAGCCCGCGCGCAGCAAGAAGCUCGCGCAUGUGGCGUUUGCGAAUGGCAUUACUAUGCUCAACUCGACUACGGUGGCUGUGGCGUCGACGGCCAAAGCUGCCGUCUAUCUCUACUCGUUUGAUCGAGAGAAUGUGGGCUUGACGCUGCUCAAGCAGAUCCGCGUCCCCUUUAUGGUAGACAACAUUGCCGUGGAUUCUGCCGGCAAGUUGCUCAUGGCCGGGCACCCCUUUGCCCUCGGGCUCAUGGUUGUGAGUAAGGCGAGAGCGAGGUGCGAUGCCCAGGGUGGAGAGGAGGCGAGGAAGGCGUGUGACUGUACGACGUCGAGUUGGGCCGCCGAGUGGAGUGAGGCCGAGGGCGUCAAGACGUUGUAUAAGAAUGAUGGGAGCGAGUUUUGUAGUAGUUCGACUUUUGCGAGGGAUGCGAAGAGGAAUGUUAGUAUUGUUACCGGGUUGUAUGAUAGGGGGUUGUUGGUGGCGAGGGGAUGACGGGGUUAAGGAAGAUGGGCGUGAUUUCAAGGACUUGUUCAGGUAGGUGGUUGGUAUGCACGGCGUUGGUGCAUACUGUGAAAGUCAUGUCCGAUUUUUUUUUCGGACUGUAGCUCAUCUCGGUUUGCUGAGAGUUUGAUGACGAUGAUGCUUGGUGGUUAUGCAGUCACCAGCAGCCGCAGUCUGGGAGGGGAGUUUGUCCCUUAACAUUAAACCGAAAAGGAGAUGCAUGGAUGUAACGAUUGGCUCAGUAUCGAGACUCGAAAUAGACCCCGAACAGCCAAAGGGCCGC